CAAACAUAACCAGACACAUUUUACAUAUAUUCACUGUGUAAAUGUAAAACCACUAAGGACAAAACUUAACAUUUUGAUUUCAACAAUUGACGCAUCAAACGCAAAUUGAUAUUAAUAAGUCGAAUUUUCGUAUGUAUACAGAGUUAAUCAACAACAAAAAACUUUCUAAACUUAAAUAUUAACGGUAAAUUCAUACACUCCCCAACCAUCGCCAACUCUUAGCCCCCCCACCAUCUGAUCCUUGACUAUUUGACAUUCCACCACCACUACAUUUUGAUGCAGUGUAACCAACUGAUUCGCCGGUUGCUUGUUUACAAUUCUUUUGUUAAUGUUAAUCAUGUAUCUAAUUAUAUGUAUUUAAUUACAGUCAUUGUGAACAAUAUUUACUUAAACUUUUUCGUAAGAGAUAAAAUUUGCAUCGUAAAUAUUGAUCGACAUAUGAUUGAAGGUUAAUUUAUUGUACCCUUCUUUGUUUAAAGGCAACAAGUGUUCCAAUAAGAAUAAUAAAAAAAAAAAACACCCUUAUUUGAAAAGAUUUACUUUGGAUAUGAAUAUGUCGUAUAUUGUUUAUAUGAGUAUAUAAUAUACAAUUGAAACUUGUGUUUUGACGUUUGUUAUGAUGUGAAAUUGUAUUUAUAAAGGAUGUCAACAUUUCUUGAUAUGAAUGAUUAUAAAAUUUUGUCAAGUUAUACUGAGGUUACUUCAAAACAAUUGAAAAAUGUCAAGGAGGCUAUUUCGUCGUGUAUGGCUGGUUAUUUUAAUUAUUUGUUUAAUAGCUAUGCUGGUCCUCCUUAAUAUUGGUGAACUUCAAGAAGAAAAUGAAACUCAUAGAAAAGACUGGAUACCUGUUAGGUUAUCGAAAGACCAAAGGGAGUACGUUGAUGCUCAUGGAGUUCAUGUGGUUGUGGGUCAUUAUAUGGGUGAUCCAAGCAAUUCUGGCAAUCCUAAUUUAACUGAUGAAAUACUUAACUCCAACUUGUUUGCUCCUCUACCAAAUGAGGGCAAGGAUGGAAUGCCAGUAAUAAUACCUGCACAUUUAUCAUCGAAAAUGAGGCAGUUAUAUCAUAUCAAUCGAUUCAACCUCAUGGCUAGUGACAGAAUCCCUCUAAAUAGGAGCUUACCGGAUGUUAGGAAGAAAAGGUGUCAGGGAAAAUAUAAUGAUAUUCAAGGUCUUCCUAAAACCACUGUUAUUAUUGUUUUUCACAAUGAAGCUUGGUCAACUCUAUUAAGAACUGUACAUAGCGUUAUAAAUAGAUCUCCUUCUAUAUUGCUUCAGGAAAUAUUGCUUGUUGAUGAUGCUAGCACUAGAAAAUUCCUUGGAAAAGAAUUGGAUGACUAUGUAUCACAAUUAAGUAUUCCCACCAGGGUUAUUAGAACUACAAAAAGGAUUGGCUUGAUCAGAGCAAGAAUAUUAGGUGCAAAAGAGGCUAAUGGACAAAUUCUAACUUUUCUUGAUGCCCAUUGUGAAUGUACAAUUGGAUGGCUUGAAGCAUUAGUGACUCGUGUUGCUGAAGAUCGAACGCGUGUUGUUUGUCCAGUGAUUGAUAUAAUUAGUGAUGAAACAUUUGCAUAUAUUCGUAGUUUUGAACUUCAUUGGGGUGCUUUCAAUUGGGAUCUGCAUUUCAGAUGGUAUACAAUUUCAGGAGAUGAAUUAAAAAAAAGAAGGAAAGAUAUCACUGAACCUUUCAGUUCACCUGCCAUGGCUGGAGGGUUAUUUGCCAUGGAUAAGAACUUUUUUUUUGCUCUUGGCUCUUAUGAUGAUCGAAUGGAAGUAUGGGGAGGAGAAAAUUUAGAAAUGUCCUUCAGGGUUUGGCAGUGUGGGGGGAGUGUGGAAAUUUCACCUUGUUCUCAUGUUGGGCAUUUAUUUAGAAAAUCAUCUCCUUAUUCUUUUCCUGGUGGAGUCACAAAAGUAUUGUAUGGAAAUUUGGUGCGUGUUGCAUUGGUUUGGAUGGAUGAAUGGAAAGACUUUUUCUUCAAGUUUAACCCUGAGGCUGAACGGUUAAGAGAUUUACAGCCUGUUCGAAGCCGAAUAGAACUUAGAAAAAAACUAAGUUGUAAAAGUUUUAAAUGGUAUUUAGAUACUGUUUGGCCACAACAUUUUUUUCCUACAGAAGACCGCUUUUUUGGAAAGAUAAAGAAUGUUGUUCGUGGGGAAUGUUUGGAAAAACCUACCAGCAAGGGUAGCCUAAACCAACCCAUGGGACCUGCUCUACUUGUCCCUUGUGCUUCAAAUCCAGUGCUGUCUCAGAUGUUCGUCAUGGAAACUGAUGGCUUUAUUGCUACUGAUGAAAGUAUAUGUUUAGAUGCUCCAGAUAAAGAUGAUACUCCCAGUCCUAGGGUCAAGGUAUUAGCUUGUAGCGGUAAUCUUAGACAGAAGUGGUCUCAUAAUAAAAAGAAUAGAGCAUUAAAACAUAUUUCAAGUGAUCUUUGCCUUGAUUUACCCAAAGAUGGAAGUAUCGAAAAAGGUUUAGUGCUCAAUCCAUGUGAUGAAUCUGUGACUCAACAAUGGACACUGGAACCAGUUCCUUGGAGGUGACAAUAAUCAAAACCAUUUUAGUUAAGUUUUAUUUACUUUUGAUGCUGGAUUUGAUUUAUUAUUAGGGUGAUUUUUUAUUGAACAUAGCAGCAUUCUGUUAAAAUCAUAUAAACAACAGGAUUACUCUGAUAUGGUUGAUCAUUCAUUACAAAUUUCAUAAUUGUAUAAUUAGUAAGCAACAGUAAGCGUUUUAGCUAGACAAUGAACCAAAAAUCUGAUUUUUUUUAUAAUAUUGAUUUUUUAGUGAUUUCAAAAUGAUUUUUUUUAUAGUUAAUUAUAAAGCAGGGCUGAAUCUAAUGUAUGACAAAGGGGGCAUGUGCCCUGGGCUGCAGAAUUUAGAAGCCACAAUUUUCAACAAACAAACAAUUUUUAUUUUUAUUAACUAAAAAAUAUUUGUUUCCGUUUCUUUACUGUUUUGACAUCAAUUCGUUCUUUUAAACGAGUUAAUAUUAUAAACUGGUGAUUUUGAUUUUGAAAUGUAUAUUAUAAAUACUGUUUUUAAACUGUUGACUUUAAUUGCAAGGGAGGGGUUAUUGGAUGAAGGAGGAGGUGGAGAUGGUGAAAGAAAGAAGGGGUAGCAAAAUUAAGUUUGCUCCUCCUGGAAGAAAUUCUAGAACUAGCUCUGCCAUAAAUUCGUAAUCACUAUGCCUUUAGAUUUUUUCAUUUAUUGUUUAAAGAAAAAAAUAACUUAGUGACUUUUUAAAUAUUCCUUUGUUAUAACAGUUGAAGUUAUGUCUUGUAUAGGUUGUUGAGUGAAUGAAACAUUAUUUAAGAAUUGUAGUAAGUUACAAUAUAUGUUGUGCCAUUCCUGUUAAAACUAUUUGGGGCUAGUCGCUGACCCAAACGUUUGUGUGGUUUUGAAUUUAACCCAGGCUACUUUACUCAAAAACAUUAUUAUCAUUAAUAAUUGUGGGGUUUCAAAGUUACUCUCAUACUUUUCAACAUUUUUUUUUUCUAUUUUACUUUUUUAUUUUUGCAUAGUGCUGGAAAGUUCAUAAUUUCAAUGAUAAGUAUUAAAAACCAUCUUCAACGUUUUUUUUUUUAUUUUUAUUUUUUUUUAAUGCUGAAUAAUAAUUAGAGAAAAAUAAAUAAUAAUCACUGAGGCCACAGAAAUUGUCAUUUUUUUUUUAUCAAAUGAUUUACAUUUAGCAUAGGGUUAAGAUUUUUGUGAUGGGUUAUACUGUUAAUUGAAACAAUACUCACAUUUUAAUCAAAAUACUCAAUGAUUGUACCCAAUAAUAUAAUUAAGUCGCUUUGAAUUAGGUUAUUAUUGAACAUUCACAGGUGUGAAAUAUUAGUAUACGUACAUAGUUUAUGCAACAACCCGCUUAGUGAGUCUGGGCUUCACUAAUUAAAUAGCUUAGUAUGCAUAAAUAUAUGAACCAAAUAUUUAUUCUAAUAUAGAUACCAAUAGUAUUCCAUUAAAGCAAUGGAAUUUUCAUGAUUGAUGAUUACAAUUUUUUUGUUUUCAAUAUUUAUUCAGCUUAAUAGGUAAACAUGCUCUUUUUAAUUUUUACUCUAAUUAAAAAUGAACUACAGUGUCGUAUUAUAUAUAGUCAGUUUGAAAAUUAUCUACAGUUUCUGGAAGCUGUACCACUUAAGUUUAUCUUACUUUUCUUGUACUACGAUACUUGCCUUUUUUUUUUUUAUCCUUUAUCCUUUUUUAAAUGACUGAUUGAGGAUCUCUUUGGGCAAAUUGUAGGAUCAGGGUAUUAAUUUAAAUUUGGAUUUAAUCCAAAUUGACUUCUUCCAGAACAUAACUAUCUGGAAAAAAAAUCACAGUUUCUUUUAACAUUGGAGUGUCUAUGUUACUUUUAUUCUUGAUUAUCCCAAGCCUAAGACCAGUUUAUUUUAUUUUUCUACCUUUUAUUGUAAGUUUAUUGGUUAGAACUGGCCCAGCGCAGCAACCAUAUCUGAGGGAUUUAUUCCAUACCAAGCAAAUGAAUUUGAAUUAUUGAGGCAUAUGAGUAAACGUGAUAUAGAGAAAAGGUCAUAGGUAAAAGAAAUAUUUUUUUUGUCUAACCUUAGUUAAAUUGUUUAAUCAGGGGUUGGAUCUGCCUCCCUUAAUAGUAAUCUAUACUAUUUUUCUUCUUCAAGAUCAGCGUUCCAUCCAUUAGUUAAUUCUCCUAAGAUUAAGGUUUGAUCUCAUUCUAUUUUAAAGGUUUUUAGUUUUAUUACUCGCCUUGGAAUGACAUAUUUCUUUAAGAUUAUGUUUUAUUGUUUUUAACUUAUUUCCACUUAAAAAACAAAAUACAAUCCUUGAAGAUUGUUUUAUUGAUUCUUAAUUAGGAAGUAUUAUUAUCAACAACUUUUAUAUUCCCAAUAAUUGCUUAUAGAACUGUUGUAAAUUUUUACAACAGCUAAAGGAACCCAAAAUAAUUUUUUUAUGACCGCUAAAAGAAGUGAAAAUAAAUUUUAUGUGUCUGAACCCAAAACCUUGAGAGUUGGAACCUAAGUCAUCUCUCUCUUUCUUUACUAUUUGUCCUGUUUAAAUUUGUUUUCUCUUUAUCAGGAUUCAAUUAACUUUUUUCGAAAAAAUUAAAAUUAAUAUUAUUGUAUAGUCAUUGAUUAGGAUGAAUGAAUAAUUGUAAAUAUAAAGAUACUAUCAAUGAAGUAAUUUCUGUUUAUUGUUCUCAUUAUUAUUAGAUUAUUUAUAUUAUUGUUGUACAAAAAAGUUAUUAUUUACAUACCUUAUUUUUUAAAUAAUUUUAUGAAGUAUUUAUUUUUUAUUAUUUUAAAUUUUUAGUUUCAUGAUAUUGUUUUUGUUAUAAAAAAUUAGUGUGAAAUUUUGUUGUAUUCUCACGCCAUUAAUUCUUUCAUUGAAUAUUAAUAAUGUUAUAAUGAUUUUACAUGGAUCUUUUAGUUAAUAUUAGAUCUGAACAUUAAUUUAUUUUAAUUUUCUUCAAUAAUUGAGGAUCUUUUGAUGUAUAAUUUAUUUGUGAUAGUUAAUUGUUGAUAAUUAAAAUACCUCUUAUCAUUAGAAAAAUGCAUGUUUUUUAUAUGGUGCUUAUAAUUCUAAGUUUAAGAAAAAAAAAAUUAAUAUCAUUUUAGUCUGUUUCAAACUGAUGUAGUGUAUUUUAUCAGUUUGUUUGUUUAUGAAGACUGUUAUUAAUGUAGUGCAAUGUGAAGGAACAUUAAAUAUUGAACCUGUUGAUACAUAUUGUUUACUAGGAAGUUUAGAUCUCCUUUUUUAUUCACAAUCAAUACCAAUGAAAACUCCUUUAAAAUAAACAGUCAAUAUAGCUCUGGCCACAAAACUCCUGGUUUGAACUUAAAUAAUUGGAUUCAUUUAGUUUUAUAUAGAACAGUAAUUUCAAAUACUGACAUUUCUGUAAAUUAAAAGAUAUUGUUUUAUUGGAUGAAAACUAUUUGUAGAUUAUAUUUUAAUAUGUUGAUAGUCAUAGUGAUGAAAAUGACUGUAGCCUUUGUAACAGGUCAAUUAGUGUGUAAAAAUCUGUUGAUGAAUGUUUAUAUAGGAUGGUGGAGGAAUAGAACAAUUUUGGGCUUCUGUAGGUGAUUCUGGGCUUAUGCAGUAUUCUAUGUAUUUUUGUAAAUAAGUAUAAGUUUGUGAUUAUAUUAUUAUAUACAUUGGAGGAUUCCUCAGAAGGUAAGGUUCAUUGUCUGCAUCAUUCUGUGCAUGGUAAAUUUUGACACUGUUAUUGUUUUUAUUUCCAUCUGCUAACACUCUAGUAUUAACUGUACAUUUUAUAGUUAUUGUGCUAAUCCAGUUUUUCAUACAUUUGUAAAUGCUUGUGAUGUGAAGUGAUUAAUUUUACACUUUGUUCUUUUUGUAUUUGUUAAUCAUUGUCAAUAAAAAAAAUAUACUAAGA